AUGAAUUACUCUUCAUUUUCAAGCAACCAAUCUCCAUCCAGCAGUAAUUUGUCUUUUGGAGUCAGCAAUCAGACACAGCUGACUGACAUCGAUAAGUCGCAGAAUAAAAGACACAAACGGGGGAUAUUUGACUCAAGUAAGACCCUCCAAUUAUACAAAGUAGGAACGACCUAUAAUGAUGAAGUUUUAACGGAUCAAUCAGCAGAUGAGAACGACGCGUCCGAAGAUCAGACUAGAUAUUCUUCUCAAACAAGCGAAUAUACAAAGGAUCAUAAAGAGUUAGUUAUGUGGGCCAAUAAAUUGGAGCUCGAAAGCACCGAAAUUCGUCAGCUCUCAAAAAAGCUAAUUAAAGACUUACGCGUCCUUUCUGAGGAUAUGAAGAGAGGAAUAAGACAGUUUCAGACGGUUGCAACCCAGUCUAAAAGUCUGAUGAAAGAGUUGGAUACUAGAGUCAAGCUUUUUGGCUCCAAAAAAUCGUCAUUAGACGACGAUUUCAGUGAAGAUAUCAAGGGAAACACCGAUUUGCUAUUGGAAAAUCAGGCCCACAUAAUUCAAAUCAUGGAAAAGCAAGAGUCCUUCAAUAAAACCAUAUUGCAAAGAAUCAAUAACCUGCAAACUAAAAGCGAAGGAUCUAGCAUAUCGACGAAAGCUAUCGCCAGAGUCGAAAGUCAACCCAAAUUGGAUCAAAUGCUCAAUUCCCCUAUACCAAAAAAUACAGCUAAACAACACGUCUACUCAACAAAGCCUGGUCCACGUACCCGUUCUUUGAAGCGUACUUUGUUCGACGACCUAUCUCAAUAA